AUGUUUUUAGCUGGAACCGAGACCACGGGAACAACAAUUGAGUGGGGAAUGGCUGAGUUGCUUCGUCAUCCGAGCUCGAUGGAAAAGAUCCAAGAAGAAAACGAUCGGGUCGUGGGGCGUACGCGGAGAGUCCAAGAGGAUGACCUAGUUCAGAUGCCUUAUCUUCAAGCAACCGUGAAGGAAAUACUGCGAUUACACCCAAGUGUCCAGAUGCUACUUCCGGGGAAUUCGAUGGAGGAUACAGAGUUGUUGGGCUACUUUGUGCCAAAGGAUACACAAGUACUUGUGAACGCAUGGGCAAUCCAUAGGGACCCGGCCGUGUGGCCCGACCCUCUGUCCUUCAAGCCCGAGAGGUUUUUGGACUCUGAUGUGGACUUCAGGGGCCAGCACUUUCAUCUGAUCCUGUUUGGUUCGGGCCGACGUAGCCGCAUUGGUCUUAACCUUGGCCACAGAAUGGUGGGCCUGACCGUGGCCAGUUUGCUGCAAGUGUUCGACUGGAAGCUUGCGGAGCCCGAAGAGCUGGAUAUGAGGGAAAUGGUGGGCUUGACCUUGCGAAAGAAGGUGCCUUGA